AUGUGGGAAUUAUUCUUUGAAUUGCCUCCAUUUACUGAGAAUGAGAAAGUAGGACUUUCCUCUGUCAAAUCCACCGCAUCCAUUAACAUUCUAACUUCAGUGUUAAAAGGAAAAAGACCAUCCAUACCAUUUACCAAUAAGGAUGAAUUAUCACAAUGGCUCGUGUUGUAUCCUCUCAUAGGAUUUAGAAGAAACGAAAUGUUACUUUCAGCCAUUCUAAAAUAUUUCGAAUUGACUCGAGAGUGUUGGAAUAUGGAGGCAUUGCAACGACCCUCCUUUCACAUCAUCGUGAAAAGCCUUCAAAACAUUGAACAACAAAUUAAAAAUAGCACAGAAAUGUGA